UCUUUCACUUAUUUAUAUGUUUAGAAUAACCCGUUUGUCGUGUGUUUAGACACCUGCAACAACACCUCCAUCCUCUUAGAUUGGAACAAUCGCCGUGGGUUAAGCGUCUGUGUCAUUGUCUGUGACCUUGUAGCUGACCUUGACUGGGGCAGUAUCUGUGAACUUGUGGCCAAGCGCUGUCGAACGAAUCCUUAAGGCUCAACUUACACACAGCGCACCUUGAACAGAAACCCGGGGCACAGUUCGGACGAUUCACCUGUGACUGGCAAACACGAAAUACUGUCCUCCGUGUCGUCUGCUAAGAGUUUCGCGGGCGUCGUCUGCUAAAAGUUAUCCGUGAAACAUCCAGUGUGUCGGAACUCAUCUGAGGACACUUCAAAGUGAGCGCGCUACCAGAAGUGCGCAGAUUCCAAGGUUGUGAACAAAAAUGAGAGACCGCUGGUGAGGUAAACGCCUCCCAGUGGUCUUCGAGAACUACUCUCAUCGCUACGUACUUCAUCGUACCUGUCUAUAGUUUUUCUCGCGUCAAGAUUCCGCUCACUUAGGUGAAUUCAGCGUAAGAAAACGGAAACUCAGGUUCAUCAUUUCAAGUGCGCUCUUACACCACUUGGCUUCGACAGCAAGCCGUGAUAAUCAUCGAAACAAUUUUUUUUUUACCGAAAAACCUCGGGGACGUCGUGUUGUUGUUGACACAAAUGAAAAUCCGUAUCCCUAGAAACACGCUCCUGUCUGCAAUAGCGCGAAUUGAGAUUGGCACUUUAGUCGACCAUUAGAUCUUUUGGGCCAAGCCUCUAGUACGUCACAGCUAAGAGAAGCUCUAGAUAAAGCAAGCAACUUCAGUUAGGUCUCAACGCGUAAGUCUGAACGUCAGUUUUCUUUAAAAGUAGACUCUUUGGAAAAAUCGACCCGUCGAGUUCUCCAAGUACACACGUCGACUUCGCAGAACGUUACGACUGCAGGCCAGAAGUAAGCGCUUUAGACGGAGAAGAAACGAACUGUUUCUCACGCUCAAGCCUCCUCGAAUUGUCGCGUCGAAUCGACCCGAAGGAGUCGUCCUACGAAGUGAUCAAGCGUCGAUGCGCCGGACUCUUUCUUACUGUGCACUGUGACCCUUCUGUCGAUCGCCUCAUUUCCCCUCCCUCUCCACGAAGUGACGUGUGCCACGGAUCCGUGUCGCCUUGCGAACUACACCAGAGUGUCGUGUCGAGUCAGUGACGUCGCAUUCGCUUGCUAGCGCAUCGUCGCCGCCGGCGGCAUGAUUCCCUACUCGACAUGCAUGCGAUUCGCGUCCCGGGACCGUCGCCGACGAAACGCUACGCAGUGGACCGUCUGCAGGAGCCAGAUCGGGCAGCCUGGCUCCACGGUGGUGGUCGAGACCGACGAUCACGGCGUGGUCCACGUGAAAGUUGUCGAAUGCAGCGAGGAAGACGCCACGCAAGCCGCCCUGAAACGGCCGGCGACCCUGAGCCAAUCGGAGUACAACCUUCUACAAGCGCUGGACAUCGGCAUUGACCGCCCUCUCACUACGACGCCAUUUUUGACGCUCUACCGGAGACGCGAACGACAACCUGUGCUUCAGCCCUGGAGUCACCUGAUGAAUAAUCUGGAUGACUCCUACCACGGCGUAUCCGAGCGUCUGCUGGCGCGAGUGGACCAAUGGGCGUUCAACACCUUUGCCCUGGACGCGUGUUCGGGUGGGCGCUCCAUGCCCCUCCUGUGUGUCCACCUGUUCCACGAGUACGGUUUCCUCAGCACCUUUAACCUGGACGCUGUGCGCGUCUGGCACUGCUUCAACUUGAUUGACGCCGGUUACCAUAGCAACAACCCGUAUCACAACUCCGUGCACGCAGCUGACGUCACCCAAGCCAUGCACUGUUUCCUCUUAGAAGACAAGAUCCGCGAGCACAUGACCCCCGUGGAGGCGAUGGCGUCGCUGAUUGCGGCCGUCACCCAUGACCUGGACCACCCGGGGGUCAACCAACCGUUCCUUAUCGCUACCUCCAACCACCUGGCUGCACUAUACAACAAUUUCUCGGUGCUAGAGAACCAUCACUGGCGUUCUGCCGUGUCCUGCCUGCGUCAGUCUGGGAUUUUCGAUCACCUGACCACUUCUGUAUGGGAUGAAAUUGAAGAACAAAUUCGGAGCCUCAUCCUGGCAACGGACAUCACUCGGCAGCAGGAGUUCCUGUCCAGGUUCAAGCGAUACUUGGAGAACAACGUGCUCGACAUGGCAGACAAAGAAUACCGUCACUUCAUUCUCCAGAUUGCUCUGAAGUGCGCCGACUUGGGAAACCCCUGCCGUCCCUGGGAUAUCAGCCACCGGUGGAGCCUGCAAGUCUGCAAAGAGUUCUACAGGCAAGGUGACUUUGAGAAACGGCUGAACAUCCCAGUCACACCAAUCUGUGAUAGAGAUAGGACUACGGUAGCCAAGAUACAAGCUGACUUCUUCAAGUUCGUGGUGAGCCCGCUGUUCGAGAUCUGGGACCAGUUCCUGGACACGCCGCUGUCGCGCGAGCUGCUGCGCAACCUGUGGCUCAACCACAUCCAGUGGGAGAAGAAGGUGGCCGCGGCCGACGACUCGACCACGGCCGCGUCGGCGUCCUUCGAGACGGACCUCAACGCUCCGCUUGCUUCGGAGGAGGACGAGGGCGACCUGCUCGACUUCGACGACGACGACGAAGACGACGAAGAGCUGCCGCCGCUUCUGCGGCGACGCAGCGCCACGGUGGCCCGCUACUCCUGGAUGGAAGAGACGUUGGGGUCGAGCGCUUGGGGCCGCCGACACAGCAUGCCGCUCAGCCUGCCCAAGCUGCCGUCGCGGACCGUCAUCCGGCGCCGAAGGCAGUCGCUGCCCCUCGCGGUGGCCAAGGGGGUCACCGCCGCGGCAGCAACGGGAGGCCUACAGCCGCCGGAGGAGAGGCCCUCGUCGCCGGCGCUGUCGGCCGAGAACUUGCAGCCGACGACGAGCCUGCUGUCGCUAUCGAGCACCCAGGAAGGGGCGCCCAUCAGCACGGUGCUUCAAAGGGUUUCGCGAGAGAGCGAGCGUCGCUUCCUCGUGCAUCAGCCCAUAUCGUACCCGCCGUACCGCAGGACCUCGGAGCCCUUCGUGGCGACGCCCUCGAAGCGCGCCUUCCCGCGGCGAUCCGAGUCCGUGUUCGCCUUCUCGUCUUCCAUGGAGGUUGAGCUGGGCGACGGCGAAGACAAGGAAGGCCACAGCGGCGACGAGGUGGAGGAAGCGGAGCAGACUUCGGAAGAGCAGACGACGGGGAAGACGAAAGAGCAGACGACAGAGCAGGCGAAGGAGCAGACGACGGCGGAAGAGGGGCAGGGGGACCGGGAAGCAGUCGCUGCGGAGGAGCACGCUCAAGAGGCUGACUCGCCGGACCGGGAAGACUCCUCGAGCUCAAAGACUUGCAAGAACGGCUGCGGAACGCCCUCGCCGCCGCCCUCUGCCGUGACGUCGCCCGCCGGAAAUGACGUGACGCGAGCGAACCCUGGUGGUGGGAGUUCACCUACUUCUGCCACAGUUCGGGAACGCGGGCAGCGCGAUGCGUCGGGCGAGUUGACGUCGGGGAGUUCGCGGGCGAAGCCGCCUGCUCAAACGAAGCGAGCUCGCCUGCAGCGUACACCGGCGCAACUCGCCAACCGGCCGCGCGCCCCACCAUCGGUCGUUCCAACCACGUCGUCACCCAAGGCCACAUUCACCAUCGAGCCUCCGCCAAACGAGGGCACUUCCUUCGGCCAGAAGUUUAAGGGCCUGGAGACAACCACGUCGCUGGAAAACGAGGAGGCGCCGAUGCCAUCGUGGUCGCAUCGCUUUAGCCUGACCAACGAGCGGGAGGCGCACCAGAUCGAGUUUGACCACCCGCCCGAGGCCUCGUGGAGAAACUGCGCCAGGAACAACCGGAGGAGUUCGGCACCAACCGCUCUGGGCCUGGAGCGACAGGUGUCCUUCCUCGACGACCCUGCGAGAGUGGCCGGAAGUGUGUCCGAGACCGGAAGCGCUGUUCCGGCUUGCGGCCUGGUCGGCGCACUGCGGCGCCGCUCUUCCAUGCCGUCCGAGCAGCAGCUUGUUCACGAGCUGAGUCGCUCGGAGCUGGUCAGGCUCGCUGCGGCGGCGGCACCGGCCGCGACGUUGGCGCGCCGCCCCGUGCAGCGCGAGUUGAUCCGGCGCCACAGCAUCGGAUUCCUGGAGCCCGUGGCGCCGUCGUCCGAGUCCGAGGGGUCGUGCGCCACCUCCACGGCGUGCAGCACGCGCCGCGGAAGCUGCGCGCCACCCCAGCACCCGCGGAGGAGGCACUCCAGCAUCAGCUCCAGGGACGAGGACGAGACACGCGACCUGUUUCUGCCUUUCGUCCCGGCGCCGGCGGCCGCGUCGCCCGGAUCGCUCAGACGACGUCGAGGGUCGCUGCCAGCUGACGUGCCUCUGCCACUCAUGGUGUGCACUGCCGAAAAACCACAGCAGCAGGGCAGCCGAAGGGUCGUCUCGAGGACCGGAGGUGCCGGAGAUGCGUCAGACACCACGAGGAGGCGGGGCUCGACGGGCGAGAUUCUGAGCGCCCUCAUUGGUCCUUACGGGGCACUGCAUGCAUUGCAGAACCUUCCUCGGCGUGGCUCGGGUGGCGGUCUGGAGCUGCUGAGUGGCCUGUGGCGUUCGCGCACCCUGCUUGGCUCGGACUGGUCGCCAAGCGGGGCACCGCCACAGCCGGUGUCUGUGGCUGGCCGCUUCAAGCUUCAGCGCCAGGCCUGCUCACUCGAGUCGACCAGUGUCCAGUCGACGUGCUCAUCGGCCGCCGGCAGUGUGUUCAGCAGCCAACGCAGGGGUUCCUUCCCGCAGGAGUUCUCCCUCUUUUCCUUCAGCUCGGGAGAGCUCUACUGCUGCGACGAUGGCGGCGGAGGUGACUAAAGGCCAUGCUGCACCAGUCCUUGCUGGAGGAAGGAAAAAUGCCAAGCUCUUCACGUGGCAAAAAUCGUCAUGCCCACACCUUUACAAAUGAGUCAUCCGCAUCAUGUAGGAACACAAAACAAAAACCAAUGUACAUUAUAUAUGUAUACAUAUAUAUAUAGAUAUAUAUAUGUAUAUAUAUACACAACAGGAGCAGCAACACACUGCCGAACAUUGAAACACAUCCAAACGGCGCCACAUCACCGGCGUGCUGUCAUGUGGCAGUACAAAAACUAUGCAAGCGCGGGAGCAACGCGCGUCGCCGCCACUGCCGCCGCCAAGCCAAGUGACUGGCCAGUCAGAAGCUGUCAUCUCCGAAGACAGCAUCUUGCCACGAGGGGGGUUCACAACCAAUCAACCAAGCCCAGUUAUCGUUCUACUACUACUACUACUACUACUACUACUACUACUACUACUACUACUACUAGUGUGUGAUGCUCGGAUCGCCGUCAUUGGCAAGACCAGACUCUAACAGUGCGCAGGAUAGCUGCUGUGGUGGUUGUGUUCUGUUUGGUCGUCCGGAACAUCCAAAGUUGCAGAACGGCAUGGUCCUACCCCACUUUCUGUCUUAACCCGUGGCACCGACUUCUAACUGUCGGGCUUGUAGUGGUCAUUUGUGUUCUCAUUUCGUUGUGUUUCUUUGUGACGCCAUAUCAGACAAGAGACUGGAGAUCAAGUGUUUUUAGAUCGCAAACUUUUUUUUUUAAUUCCUUUUAUCCUUGAAGAUAGUUCACAUCCUGCUGCAACUUCCUCAUGUGUGUUCUUUUUUUUUCCGGAGUGUGUUUGCACGUCUUCCUUCCUCUUGAAUCCAGAGAGUGUGAUGAGUGUAUGUCCAGUUUUAAUGUGUGUCUUGGUGUGGCCACAUCUGAGCAGUGACCUUGAGCACGUGUGUUGUGUGACCUGAUUUUUUUCCCAUUAAGAUCAACAGGGUGGCCGUGUGCUAGAUUUCGAUGAUCAUUCGCUCGUACACCAUCGCAAAAUUUUUCUGAUUCAUAGAGAUUGUCGUGCACUCAAAACAAAAGGUUACUAAUGUGAAGUUUUAUGCGAUGAGCGAUUCUGCACAUCCAGCGGAUUCAGUUGCUGGUGUUUUCACAGUGCACAUUGUAAUUAAUCAAGCGUGGUUCAUGUAACUCUAGGAACACAACUAGCACUUGCACAUCUUGCUUACUUCGGAGGAAUAAGCACAUGUCACCUUACUUAUGGAUCAUCGACGAACUUCGUUUGAUUCCUGUCAUUAUUGAUUUGUGUGGAGAUGAGUACCUGAGCUUCAGCCAUCAAAUUGAAAUGUCAUACUUCUUCCACAUUGCGACAAACCCCUGUACAAGGUGUUCAGUAGGUUGAUCAAAUUGAGUGCCUAAUUGCACUAAGUAAAAAUAUAUAGAUGCAACACAAGAGCAAUUUUUCAGGGUGUUCAAAUAUGUGUUGUCUUCGAGCUUUUGUUCUUCUAUGUGUAAAGGAGGAGCAAGCUGAAUUCUGUAGCAAAAUACUAUUACGUAAUAAUGAUUAAGUUAGCAGGAAAAGUAGUCUGCAGUCGGUCAUAAUUUUUAGCAGCCGCAUGCAGUAAAAAUAUUUCACGAUAGUAGUACUGACUUUUCAUUACAAGCACAUGCGUUGCUGUGUUCUGCUCUGGAUUUAAUUACAUUGCAUUGAAUUUUCCUGAUAGCUCAGCGCUGAACACCCAUGCGUGAUGGAAAGCUCUGCAAAAUGGUCCUUGGUCCAGUAUGUUCCAUAAUACUGUUAUUCAAGCUUGUUUUAUUUGGUGUGUUAUUAGUUUGUUUCUGCUUUUGUGCUUUAUUACCUUUAAUUCACCACACUUUUCAUGUUGUGUUCACCUGAGUUUGUGCAUUCUUACAUUUUGAUGUUUAUUUAGUUUUCUUGGAUGCCUGAAGCAGCUCCUCUGUAGAAGGUAUGGAUUAACGGGUCAUGAAAACUUUGUGCGCAAGUUUCCCUGCAGAAUUGCCAAGUUUAUGUUGGACGUAUUAGGUGACGAAGAUGUUCCUAUAAAAUUAAAUGUAAUUUUAGGUAAGGAUGUGUUAGCAUGCAGGCAACUUGUGGCAAAUGCAUACACCCUAGUAUUUCAGGUGAAAAAUGUUUUUUGUACACCAACUGCAAGCAUAUGUAAAGUGUUCUGCUACUUUACAUUCCCCCAAUUGUUCUUUUGGGCUUACAUGAACAACACUUUCUCUAUUAGCCUAUCAGCAGUCUACUCUGCUUGAAACAUGCUACUAGUGGCGUAGCCAGAAAUUUUUUUCGAGGGGGGGGGGGGAAACACACUUGAUUGAAGACGGAGAGGGAGGGCACCUGUCCCCCCCCCUCCCUGGCUACGCCACUGCAUUCAAUACAAGCUUUCUGGGGGAAGGGGUAAAUUCAUAGAGACGGCUGUAAUAAGCAACGAUUUCUAUGAACUGGAACUAGGUGCCAUAGACACUGUAUCGACGAAUGCAAGUCACUGGGAGUAAUCUCUUGUCGGGCUGCUUGUGCAUGAAGCUUUCCUCAUGACCUGACUGUUUGAGAGUUCAUUAAAUGCAAAGCCUACCUCUCUAGAGAACAA